AUGUACGCUCAAAAACCACGUGCAAUCAAACGAUUUGCAGAGAGAAUACAUGCUCUUCAAACUAGAUAUUCUCCUGACGAUGUUGUGUCAUUGCAAAUCUUUGUUCAGACAGUACAAGAAGAAUCUCCAGAUGAUCUCAUUGCAUUUGAAGUCUCAGACAAUAAUAUGUGUUUCUAUUACGCGCCUUUUGAAGGCAAAGCUUAUGCGCAUAGUAUCAAGACAUUUCAUAUAGACAGCACCUAUAAAUUGUUGCGAUCAAACAUUCCAUUGUAUGCAUUUACUGGCAAAAUCAAAGAUUUUCACAUUUUCCCUUUUUUAUAUUUCUUUUGUCAACCAGACACUUAUCAAAACAUUCAAGUUUGCGUGUGCGCCUAUCUCAGAUGGGUAACAAUUGAGCCAGAAUACAUUAGCAUGGACUGUGCUCCACAGAUAGCUCAAGCAAUAGAAGAAAGCAUUCCACAAGCUCAAAUACUUUGGUGCGGAGUACAUGUUCUUCGUGCAAUUCUUCGCAAAUCAAAUAAGUUUUCUUCUCAAGAAAAAUUUGAACAAUUCUAUAAUUUGAUGAAGGAUUUAGUCUUCAAAUUAGAUGCAGAACAUGAGGAAGAAGCAAAUGCUGCCUAUGAUCAAGUUCUGGAGUUGCUCGACACAGAUCCAACAGCAUCUCAAUACUUUAACAGACAAUGGCGUUACAACAUAUCAAGAUGGAUUGCUCGUGACAGGCGUGAAGGCGACGCAACUAACAAUAUUGCCGAAGCUCAUUUUAGAACACUCAAACAUGACUAUUUUCCUGAUCGAAAAAAUCUCAGAAUUGAUGAUGUUAUUAUAGAAAUUUAUACAAAA